CAAUCCACGUAUUUUUUAAAGAAAAUUUCCUCUAUUCAGAGAACCAAAAAAUAGAAGUCUCUGGAGCUAUAGCUUCUAUAUGACUUUCAGCAGCCAACCUUAAACAACAAUGCUAAGAAAUAGGAUUAGUUUGCAGAGAAUAGAUCAAUUAAGAAUGUAAAAGAGAAAAGUAAAAGUGAUGCUAGCUCUUUCAUCCAACUUUUUACAAAGAAUCUAGCGUGUCUUGUCUGCUGCUUUUGAUUUUGGAUUAGCAGAGAUCGUCGUCAUCAAAGUCACAAUAUACCCUCUAAAUGCACUAUAUAUAACUCAUUAUCGCCCAAAUGCAACGUCAACUUCUAUUAUUACAUAGUACUUACUAUAUAUAACACAAGAACUAGAGUUACUUCGAAUUUGGGGAUGGCGGACAUGCAGAUAGUACCGGCUGGGAGAAAUGUAGAACCUCAGUAUGUGGAAAUGAUGGUGCCUCUCUACUCUUAUGGUUGUGAGAGAAAAGUCAACAAGGCUCUUUCCCAUAUCAAAGGGAUAUACUCAGUGAAGGUAGAUUUCGAACAACAGAAGGUGACAGUAUGGGGAAUAUGCAACAAGUAUGACGUGCUAGCCACAGUAAGAAGCAAAAGAAAAGCAGCUCGUUUCUGGAAUGCAGAGGACAACGCUGGUGUAAUGCAAGAAUCGGAAUCAGCUUCAGAUUCUUCAUCAACUCCGCCUUCUCGGCAUCGAUUUAGACCAUCUGCACCACCUUUGGCUCUCUUAAGGACUCGAUCACUAAGCUGGAGUGCUUUGAAAAAGGCCUUCACAAGAACAUACUCUUUCUAAUAACUUAUUCCCAAUUUCGUUACGUACCCUUUCUCCUCGCCACACGAGUAGGAAUGUCUGAGCAUGAAUGUAACCUUUUUUUUUUUUUUUUUUUUUUGUAAAUAGUUGCCACUUAUGUCGGCGAUUCAGUUUCCCAUCCUUCUUUCCUACUCUUUUUUGUUUGUGGCACAAACAAUUUAUAUAUAUGUAUGAAUUGGGUCUGU